AUGGAGGUGAGAGGCCAAGAUAAGGUAAUAGGGAUGCCAACCACUCUGGGCUAUAAUCCCCCCAAUAGGGACUCUUCUUCCUCCAAGCUCUCUUCUUCUCCAGCCCUACCCUCAACUGCUAACAACACAAUCUUCAUCAACCCUCUUCAAACCCUAGACCCCCAUCCUCCUCCUCAUCAUCACCAGCCUCAUCAAUUGAAUCUGUCACCACACAAAUCAUCAAGAAGAGAUUCUGAGCAAAACCCAGAUCCAAUCUCAUCUCCAAUUGUUGUCACCCCAAGUGCAACAUCAAUUCCUGGUGGAUCAAAUUUCAAAGCACCCCCAGUUCAACCACCACCAGCACCACAGAAAGUUAGAUAUAGGGAAUGCUUGAGAAACCACGCGGCCAGCAGCGGCGGCCACGUGCUCGAUGGCUGCGGAGAAUUCAUGCCAAGUGGAGAGGAAGACAUCCCAGAAGCACUAAAAUGUGCAGCUUGUGAGUGCCAUAGAAAUUUCCACAGAAAAGAGAUCGAAGGCGAUCAUUUGCCAAAUAAUUACUAUGUUGUUAACCACCAAAAACACACCAUUAGCCGUAGAGAUUCAGAAACUAGAGUAUUGCAACUCCCUCCACCCCCACCGCCUCCUGUUCGUCAUUCAGCUGCGGGGGGCCCAGUUCCCCCGAUGAUGAUGGCUUUUGGAGGCGUUGGUGGGGGCGGAGGGGGGGCUGAUGAGUCCUCGAGCGAGGAUCUCAACAUGAAUAAUUUGUUUCGGGCAACUUAUGCGGCAGGCCAGCAGGCAGCGGGGUCAAAGAAGCGGUUUAGGACGAAGUUCAGUCAGGAGCAGAAGGAGAAGAUGAUGGAGGUUGCUGAGAAGUUAGGGUGGAAGAUCCAGAGGCAUGAUGAGCAAGAGGUGCAGAAGUUGUGUUCUGAAGUGGGUAUAAAGAGGCAGGUGUUCAAGGUGUGGAUGCACAAUAAUAAACAAGCCAUGAAGAAGAAGCAAUGUAAGCCAAACUUCAAUACAUUGAUUUGUGACUGGGAAAAGAGAUCAAUAUAA